AUGGAGGGUGACUUAUCUGAAUUAUUACGAAGAUUUUCGCUGGAGGGGAAUGAGAUCUCUGGAGCUAAACUGGAGUUGGAGGACCUGAGCAGUGGAGUAAAGGAUUGCGAAGGAAGUCUGAUAGGAAGAAUCAUGGGUGAGAAAAUAGCUAACUUCACCGGGGUGAAGAAUUUUGUGACUGCAGCAUGGAGUUACCCCAAGAAUCUGACAGUCAUGGAAUUGGGACCAAACCUGUUCCAAUUCAAUAUCCCAAACCAGGAUGAUAUAGAAAGAAUAGUAACAGGGGGUCCAUGGUUAAUGGAUAAUCAAAGCUUAGUGUUGAACAGAUGGUCAGAAGGGGUAGAAGAGAAUUAUGGGGCUUUUAUUACUGCUCCUUUAUGGGUUCAGAUUUGGAACCUUCCCGUGCAUUGGCUCUCCAAAGAGGUGGGCAGGAAAAUUGGAGCAAUUUUUAAGGAUGUAAAGGAAGUUGUUAUCCCUCAGGGAGGGGGAAAGGAAGGUAGGCAUUUGAAGGCUUUAGUACAUGUUGAUCUGUCCAAACCCCUGCUCAGAGGAACAUUGGUGCAGAUAGCAGGGUCACUUAAGUGGGUCGCUUUUAAGUAUGAAAGGUGCCCGGAUUUCUGUUAUAAGUGUGGAAUAGUAGGACAUGGGGAACGGACUUGCAAAGAAAGCAUAACUGUUCCAGAGGGUCUGCUGGAGAACCAAUACGGCCCAUGGAUGCGUGCUGGGAAUAACAGAAGCCCUGCCAAAGAGAGAGUGGUAAGGGAUGAUACGGUGAAGGAUAAAAGAUACUGGAAGUUUCAGAAUGGAGAAAUGGUGGAGAGGGAGAAGAGAAGGACCCAAUCAGGUGAGGUGCUUCUAAAGGCUCUUAGAACCUCAGGAUUAGGACAUGGAAGUUCCCAGGAGUUUACGAAAGAACAGGAGAAUGAAAGGGGGGUCCUGCAAAAUCGUAGUGAUCCCUACAUUGAUGUGGAAACUAGUGGAAGGGAACAUGGAAGUCGAGAGGACCCCCAAUCCUCGAACAAGGAAAAUCUUGAUGUUCCUCGUGUAGCUCAGGAGAAUGUAGAGGAGAAUCAAUCUGUAGUUGAAAUGGAGGUUUUGGAGGAGGACAGAGAUUUUUGCACAAAAUGGCUGGGACAGGAGAACAGAUUACUAGAGAUUCCAGUUCAGAUGGCAGGGAGGCAGGAAGAGCCUCAAGGUAUUACUAAGAUUCAAGAAGCUAUUAACAAACAAGCCAAAAGGUCUUACAAGAAGUUGAAGUCCCCAAUGAGAACAAGAAGGGCUCUGAAAGAGAGGAAUGAUCAGGUUAUUAUCACUGAAGGAGGAAGGAAAAGGCAGUUUCAGCUAUAUGACGAGGACAUGGAGGAUGCGCAUCAGCAAGAGGCACCAGGCAAACGAGCGAAGCCUCUGGAGUUAGUAGGAUACACAGCUAUGACUGAGGUGGAGGUGGGGUCCUUCCCUAAUGGGGCCCCACAAAAGAAAUGA